AUUUUUAAUUAGUUGCCACCUUCACUGGCUCCAAGUAGCUGUGUCAGCUAGCAUUAAACGUUAGCUGAUGUCAGAAUGUCAGACUAUAGAGCCAGUGAAAGUGUGGAUAUGUGGAGAGAGACAGAAGAGUUUUCUUUAACCAAGGCGGUGGAGGAUGUGGGUCAGCACAGCUACACCCAAACUCAGGCCCUGAAGGAGAAAGAGAAGACGCUCAGCAUGCUGCAGGCAACUCUUUCAAAUGUGGAGAAGAAAGCUGAGACGGCUGAGCAGGAGCUGAGAUCUAAAGUGGUGGAAAUCCUCAUACUGGAGGACGUGGUGGAUCAUGUCGAGCAGCGGACAAAAGUCCUGCAUGACAACUGUGCAUCCCUCAGGGGGGGCAUCACAAAACUCCAGAUGAGUGUGAGCGAGGAGGAGGAGGAUGCUCGCAAGGCUCUGGCCGGGUUCGACGCCUACCGGGAGAAGAUGGAGGCUCACAGGGCAGCUGUUCUGCGGGCGGCGAGCCUGACGGAGGCCCAUAAACAGCUGGAGGAGAAGCGAACGCUGGUCAGGAUGCUGACACAAAAGAGAGAGGAGCUGAGGGAAGAUCUGGAGAAAGCAGACGGGAACACAGUGCUCAUGGCAAAGAGAGAGAUCGAUGAUCUGAAGGAGGAGAUCUCCGCGAUGAGGAUGACGACGACUGAGAGGAGAGAGCGACUGCAGGAAGAGUUUGAAACUCACUCUCAGAUAAAGAAAGAGAUCGAGAUCCAGAACAGACGCUACGAAGCCAUCGUCAAGCGUCUCCACUGCCAGCUGAGCCGGGCUCAGGCCGUCCACAGGCAAACGUCUGAGGACGUCCACCACAUGGAGGGACAGCUCGCUGAGCUGAGGAAGCAGCUGGAGUCAUCGCAGUGAACAUUAAGUUAAGUUAAAUGUUCAGAGCAGAGUUGUUGCUGUUCCUGCGUCUGAACAUCAGAGGGCGGCAUCGUUUUACGGAUCCAACGUUACCUGUUCGGCCUCACAGACCUCUCACCUGCGCUGUUCUGCAGGAGUUUGACGCCACGUAUGACAGUUCUGGUUUCAUGUUUGUCUGAGAGUAGAAAUAUUAAAGUGUUUUGUCUUUUAUCACG